UCUAUUGGUGGGAGGUCCUACGGCGUCAUCAUACGAAGUGGAGGAAGCGAAAGAGGGAAAACAAACAAAAGUGAAUGAGCUGAGCCGGGGCACCGGGAGGCGGGAGAUAGCGGUCGUCAAAGAGUUAAUGUACUUUGUUGCUGAUGCUGGGAACAACAUCCUCCACAAUGGAUGCUGAAGCAGAUUCCUCUGCAGAGAUGAAUGGACAGGAAGAGGUGGACAGUGAUGGGGAAGACAGCGCUAGUCAGUCUGACUCUGAGGAGGAGAGCUCUGAUGGACUUCCUUUAUACAUUUUGGCAGAGAUGGAUGAUCUGGACUGUGAGCGGCGCAGAAAUGAGUGUCUCGAUGAGAUGUGUCACUUGGAAAAGCAGUUUUCGGAGCUGAAAGAGAAGUUAUUCAAGGAGAGAUUAAACCAGCUAAAAGCUAAACUGGAAGAAGUGACGUCUUGUAGAGCCUUGGAAUAUAUCAACCCUUUAACAGACCUACAGAAGAACAUGAAAAUCCGCAUUGAAGUUGCAGGUAUUUAUAAGGGAUUUUGCCUGGAUGUUAUAAAAAACCGUUACGAUUGUGAGCUGCAGGGUGCUAAGCAACAUUUAGAGAGUGAGAAGGUCCUUCUGUUUGACAAUAUGCAGUGUGAACUCCUGGAGCGGAUCCAAAGACUGGAGGAGGAUCGUCAGAGCAUUGAUAUCUCCUCUGAAUGGUGGGAUGAAGAAUUGAGAUCCAAACGAAACCGCAAAAAAUGGGAUCCAUUCCGACCUGAGAAGAAGAGGAGAGUCCCUUUGGUUUCUGGUCCAUAUAUUGUGUACAUGUUGCGGGAUUUGGAUAUCUUAGAAGACUGGACAGCUAUUAAGAAGGCAAAAGCAGCAGUUUCUCCGCAGAAACGGAAAUCAGAGGAUCAUUUGCCCUGUUCAGGUAUAAAAGUUGAGAAGCAACACUUCAGUGCUCGCUGUGAAGAUGGUUGUCUGUAUUAUGAAGGAGAGAGUUUCACCAAAGGAGAGGCCAUCAUUCUAGACAUGAAAGAUGAACCACCAUCACAGGCUGUGAUCACUGCAGUGAGCACAGGGGAAGUCUGGCUCAGGCGGGGAGACAGCAGCAAAACGAAGAUUUAUGUUUCCCAACUACAGAAAGGCAAAUAUUCAGUGAGAAGAGCAGGAAAAUAGAAGUGCAUCUGGAUGGAGGGCCCCUACAAAGCGGUGGUGGCGGAAUAAUGUAGAAUGAUGUUUCUACAGUGACAAGACUUUAGAUGAUGAGUGUACGUCUCUGUCAGUGCAGCACAAUGUGCUUGCUGUGUGUAUAUUGCGUGGGAAUUGUAAAUUAAAUGCUUGAGUUUGGGAUAGAGAACUAUAUUUAAAAUGGAGAGAGGACGCUGGAAUUUAGUAUAGAAGGUGAACAUUUUUUCACAUAGAAUAUAAUUAUUUUCCUAUAUAUUCCAUUUUUUGCACAGAUUCAAAUAAUGUAUUUUUAUAACCAGUAACUUUGUAGACAAUAAAGUAUUUUGUUUGGGUCUGAACAA